AGUUAAGUCUUAAUGAUUAAUUUAAUCUUAUUUAAAUAAUUCUACAUUUUAACUACUGUUUGAGGUUAUUGUAAUUGCUGAUGCUAUUCAGUCAUUUCAGUGGGUUUAAGACCUUGCAUUCCAAAGAAUACUUGGUGAUUAGAAUUUAACUCUGUACUACAGCUAUAAUUUUAUGGGCAGAACAUAGGCUCUAGGUCAUCAGUAUCCUAGUUUUGUACCACAUGAGUUUCUUGCACAUGACCAUGCCUCAAAUUCUUUGAGUUAUAAAUAGGGUUAUGGGAGGAUUAGAAAAGGACAUUGUAUGCCUGUAUUUGCAUGAUACUACUGCUAUGAAAUUGGCCAUGUAUUUAGAUUCAUGUUUAGCUUUUACACAGGUAGUUAGUAGAAUGCAUUUAGGGAUGUGGUUUCAGUAAAUCUCACUGAAUAUUUCCUUUAGACCUUUUCAGCUGGUUGACUUUUCUGACUUGACAAUUUAGUCCAAGUCAAAACUACAACCUCCACGAUUUAAAAUCCUAAAGAGUAUGAGUCUGGCAGUAAAGGAUCACCAGUAGCCUACAUUUGCCUGUGGUUACCACAGGUUCAUAUGACACAAUAUUUAAGAUAAUAUUAGUGAUAUAAAAUAGCUGCCUGUUUGGUAAAUCCAGAAACCCAUCUGACUAUGGAAUGAGAUUAAUUUAGCUCUCCUGCGUUGGGCAGUGGUUUAGAAACCACAUGUUUGUCAGUAAAUAACAUCCAGGUAAAACCUCUUACAGAGAAGUGAUCUAUUUCCAGUUUAGGGUAAUUCUACCAAAAUGUUUAUUUGGUACACCUGCUAAAAUGUAUUUGAGUAUUAACCAAGACACUCCAUGUAGACUUUUGAGUUGGAGCGAAAUAAAAGUCUAUUAGCACUAUAACAAGAUGAUCUAUUUUGAUAUCUGGUAAUCAAAAGUGAAGUUGUAGUUUGAGUCAUUUGAACUCACCCCAUCUAUAUGAGGCCAUACAUUUGAUGAUGCUAUACAUUUGGAACUUGAUCUUCCAGCUGUCUCCCCUGAAUAUUGUGUAACAAUGGUUUGGGGAUGUGUGAAGGGACAACCCCUGGAUGUGUCAUUGUGUUGUGUGUGUGGUCUUGGACAGACCAUAACUCAGCCUAUGCCAGCUAACGGCCAAGAAUCCCCUGUGUGGUUAGCAAUGACCAAACAACCCUGUGAGGUGGGACAAAAAUAAUCUUGAAUUUUUUCCGUGGGUUUUUAUGAAUGGUAUGGUUGGUGAUGAAUCCCAGGGCAUACAUGCAGAGGUCUGAAAGGCUGAGUGAACGUCAGCCAGUCAAGUGAUCAGCUUUUCCACACCCGCUGUUUUAAGGAGCCAGAAAUACUCCAAAUGGCUUUACACUGGUGUCUGCACUGAAGGCUGACCUGAGCAAAAACAAAUACUGUCUAGACUUUUUCCUUCAAAGUGACCUAGGUCUCAUUUAAAUUCUCUUUAGAAAAAUAAUUUUAUUUAUUUGCCUCCACUGGAUAUUUAGACGUUCACUGAACAAACGGAGGAUGAAUUCCAUCAUCAAAUUCAAGGAAUCACUGUAUGGUUAGUGAAAAGACAAAUCUCAUUUUCUUAGUCAAGGUCACAAAGUAUAGUGUUGUAUUAUAUGUUUUCAUGAGCCAGCUGAAGUCAAAAUAUUGUAAUGACAUAGUCAAACAUAAAAUGUAUGGACACACUGUAUGUAACUUCAUUAAAAAAAGUUACCACAGGCACAAAUCUCCAUCAUGAAACAUCACUCAUCCUCACACUUUAUGGCAGUUGCUUAAUUGCCCUCAGCUGAAAGCUCCUCUUUCUGUCACACAUUGCUGAGAGACCUGUAAGUGCUUGUGGACAGACUGUGUUUAUAUUUAGCCGGGACUCUGUCAGGGAGGCAGGGGUAGGCUUUUAUAAUGGUCAACGUGCCAUGGUUGACAGCUUGACUGGCCUCUUGCCCAUACCUAUCAGCCAGCUACUUUCUCCUCAUCACGUCCAGCCUCCAUACCCUAAGAUUGAGGGCAGCUAUACAGGGGAAAGCACCGGACAGCGCCAUUUAGGCGAGCGCGCUGGACCAUGGCGGCAUAAAGUGCAAUGGGAGAGCAACGGCCAUGUCUACAGUUUAUUGAGCACCGGAUCACAGUUUCAUCGACCUGUGCAGUCAAGGAGAAGUAGUCAGUUCUAUUUAACUACAUAUAGAGGUUUGGGAAUUCCAAGGAGGUCCACCGCUUCCAGAGCAUCGGAUUCAGAGUCUAGGUCCCGGCGACCUCAUCCCAAUGUGGUGGACUCUGCUUUGCCACUGAAUUUACGGGAAUCACAAAGUGUUUUAAGUUCGGAUGCUGGUCCCCACACGGCAAACAGCCUCAUCUCCAGUAACGGGAAUCAGAGGUUUCUGGCGUCUUUUCGCAGAGAUGCUGUAAGUGCAAAUCCAACCAACCCUAGCACUUACGAUGCACUACAUGGCACAACAGGUGUGUCAGCCUUAACGCAGGAAUAUUCUGGGAACGGUGGAUCGCGGGGACAGCGCAGUCACGGCGAAGAGGAACCUGUGUCCGAAGCUGUACAUGUCCAACCAUCACCAUCAUUAAUGGACAAUGCUGAAAUAACGGCAGACCAAAACGCUGACAUUGAGACACAAGAAGUUGGACGAAACACCUCACUGAACGAAACUGAGACUGAAGGCACCACUGAAGAGGUUGGGCAGCACUUAGCUCCGGGUGAAAGAGAUUCAGUGCCUCAAGAAGUGUUUCCUUCUGCUGCUGCUUAUAACACAACAGAGGAAGAUGCUCAGCUGGCAAAUGCAGAAAAUGUGACCAACAAUGAUUCCCGCAGCAAGAAUCACAGAAAUUCAGUUUUUCACAAUAUGUAUCCCUCAAGUGGAAGAAUAAGACCACCAGCCCAUCCUCCACCUGCGUCUGGUUAUGGCACCAGGUACUUCCAUAACGGUCUUCCAGACCUCAUCCCUGACCCAUAUUACAUUCAAGCAGCAUCUUAUAUCCAGCGUGUGCAGAUGUAUGCACUGAGAUGUGCUGCUGAGGAGAACUGUCUCUCUCGGUCUGCCUAUAGUCCAAGCGUCAGAGACCUUGACUAUAGAGUACUACUUCGAUUCCCUCAGAGAGUCAAGAAUCAAGGAACUGCUGACUUCUUGCCUGUGAAACCAAGACACGAGUGGGAGUGGCAUAGUUGCCAUCAGCACUACCACAGCAUGGAGGCUUUCAGUAAUUACGAUCUGUUGGAAAUCUCCUCUGAGAGAAAAGUGGCUGAAGGACACAAGGCAAGUUUCUGUCUUGAGGACACAAGCUGUGAUCACGGUGUAAGGCGACGCUACGCUUGCACAGUUCACACACAGGGAUUGGGUCCUGGUUGCUAUGAUACGUAUCAUGCCAACAUUGAUUGUCAGUGGAUUGACAUCACUGAUGUGCCUCCAGGAAAUUACAUUCUGAAGGUCACAGUGAACCCUUCACGACAGGUGGAGGAGUCUGAUUUCUCCAACAAUGUUGUCAGGUGUGACGUCAGAUACACAGGCCCGUAUGUACAAGUGCGCAACUGCAGAAUAACUGUAAAUUAACUUCUUCAGUAGAAGAGGAGAAAUCAAGUUCUAAGGAUUUCUAUUUAUUUGAGCACAGUAAACAUAACUGUUUUUCUUUAAUGCUGAUGCAAUUGUGUGUCAGUGGCAAUUGAGUAACUGAGAUGAUGAAAUGUGAAAGAGGUAAGCCCUUAACUAGGCGUAUAUGCAUAACAAUAAUGACCAACAUAGUGUAAUGAACAAUGUGUCCACAUUAAUAUCAACAUUUGAGCUUUAAGGAUGAUUAUUUUGGAUGUCAGCUAACUCAUAUAUUCCAUACAUAUCGCUUUAGUGCCACACCUUUCAGUUCAAUGCUUGUUGCUCUCUGUGUGCUGUAAAUUUGGAAUAUUGCACACAAUAUAUUUGUGAAAGCUUGAAUUAUUGUAAUUUGCACUUUUGUAUGAAGUGUAAGCAAAUUGUAUUUUUGAUUAAAGUUUUU